UCACGAGGGGCCCUUGAUACGUCACGAGGUUCGUGUAGGUUGUCGUAGUUCGAUCGGUUAGGAUCUUGGGAUGGCUGCCACCUGCUCUUGAUAGGGUGGAUGGGUGUAUUUUGCAGGUUCUCUUUGUUCUUCCUUCCCCUUCAACGGCCUCCACGUCCAUCCCUGUCUCCCACUCCUCCCUCCACUGUUUCCAGAGCACAUCAAAUCGUCACAUGCCGUCUGUGGCACACGGAACUGCAGUGCAACGUAUGUGCACACACGAGAAAGCUCAGGCACUCACUGGGUGCUUCAGCUCGGAAAGCGCUUCAGCAACAUAGAAGACACAGUUUCCUUCAAUUCUGCAUAAGUCUUCCGCUUGUCAUGGUGUUGGCGCCAACGGAAUAACGUGCGGCGGAAGAGCGGGAAUCUAAGUCAUGGUAUUGGUGCCAACGGAAUAACGUGCGGCGGAUGAGCGUGAAUCUAAGUGAGGAGCAGGGAAAGUGUCAAACUGUGAGGGAGGAAGUCCAGGGAGCCGGUGGAAGAGAUGCCAGGUUCGGGAAUCAACCAGCAGCGACAGCAGCAGCAGCAGCAGCAGCAGGUUUGAGCAGUUAUGAAAACACUCGUCAUGGUAUGGAGGCUUGAGCAGUUAUGAAAACACUCGUCAUGGUAUUGGCGCCGACUGAAUAACAUGCUGCGGAAGAGCAGGAAUCUAAGCGAGGAGCAGGGAAAGUGUAAAACUGUGAGGGAGGGAGUCCAGGGAGUCGGUGGAAGAGAUGCCAGGUUCGGGAAUUAACCAGCAGCAGCAGCAGCAGCAGCAGCAGCAGCGGGUUUGAGCAGUUAUGAAAACACUACGCAGUUCUUUGAUGGGUGGCUGCGGUCGUCGGAUAUGGAUGGAGUCUGCUGCUAGCACAUACUUCAACACUUGUCACUUCCUGGGUGGAGUCACUCUGCAUUGCUUAAGAUGAGUGCAAGCUUUCAGACUUUUGCCAAGUGUGUGUGGAAAUUACUGGAGGGGAACGGAGAAGCUCAGAAAGGAUGGACCAAGACGGUGAAGGAAUUGGUCUCUGCGGAGAGGAACAGGGGCAUCGGUUGCAAUUUCGGAUUUGGAAACACUGAAACAGUCGAGGGGAGGUCGCGAGCAAAUUGUACAAGAAAGGUUUUUGGGACUCUUCGGUGCAUGGGCUUUUUCGAUGACGACCUGGGGCACACAGGAUGGAUUGUAUCCGUAUAGUAGUACACGUGAAGAGGUGGGGCUGGCUCGUUCGGUAGUGCAUGUGAAGUAGAGGUCGAAAUAUGCCCACCCGGGGAGGCAGGGGUGAGACCAGGACUAUUCGGGACAUCAAGCACAUAAGUCUGCCAUCGUCCAGACGAAAGGAUUUCAUGAUGUGGGGGAGGUGGCCGACUCACUGAGGUUGCUUCAGUGAUAUGUCUGCCAUCGUCCAGACGAAAGGAUUUCAUGAUGUGGGGGAGGUGGCCGACUCAAUGAGGUUGCUUCAGUGAAACACCACACAUCUCCUUGGAGGAAGAGGGAAGGAGAAGCUUGGAGCAAGAGAGAGGGAGAGCAAGGGCUGAUGUUGUGUGGUGAAGUGGUAUGUUGACGUGAGGCAUAUCGUCUUCUCUCUGAUGUAUAAAGGCGCGUACUGUGUGGAAAUUCUACUGGGCGCAAGAUGGAGGAAACAUGGUUUGGAAUGGAAGACCUGCCAGCAACAUCUCUGAAAUCAGAAUUAACGAACGGUUGCAGCUACGUCCGAUGAGCUAUUAUGCGGGGAGCUAUCUUCGGAGCAACAUCACGCUUGUGGCGCUGAAUGCAGUCGUGUGUGUGAAGAAGGCAGCGUCGGUUUGAGAGAUGGAGGCAGCAAUGGGGGUGGUUGGUGUAAAAGCGCAGUAAUGUGAAAUUUGUGCGGGAUGAUGAUUAUAUGACAAUUGGAAUUCAUGGAAGGUGGAGGAGCAGUUGGUAGCUGUCUCCGUUUGUCAAAGAGGGAGAUCCUCUUGAUUCUGGAUCUGAUGGCAGGUCCUCUUCUUGUCGGCAUUCUUGUUUCGUUCACGGUUCGGGCAACUCACAGGCCAUGUGGAGGUGUCCUCUACCGAACGUCCCUCCUCCGUCUGUUUGCUGCUUGCCUGAACUUCUCAAGCUUCAUUUCCUUUAUGCGAAUGAUCCUUUGUACAAGCUCCUUGUUUACUUUCUGGAGGACAGUCUUCGAGACACAUGGCUUCUGCCUUUGCGAUUGGCUGUUCCCAUGCUCUUUGUGCCAUCUUGGCAUAUCCUUCAGCAGCAGGGCUGGAGAGAGGGGGAUGGCAACAUGGGUGUGUUGUAGGGGUGGGUUAUGUCAUCGUAAGCGAGUAUAGGUGCAAGAAUGCCCAGCAGGGUGGUGAAGAAGGGGUGGCGACGUGGGAGGCAAUGGUGGUGACGAGGGGACGAUUUGGAGGGUCAGACUGCCUCCUUGCUUAUUAUCGUCCCACUUGUCGAGGGGGAGGGUCGGGGGGGGGAGGGGAGGGAAGGGGUCAGCAGCAUGGGUGGAGAGGGGGAUGGCAAUAAGGGUGUGUUGUAGGGGUGGGUUAUGUUCUCGCAAGCGAGUAUAGGUGCAAGAAUGCCCAGCAGGGUGGAGAAGAAGUGGUGGCGACGUGGGAGGCCGUGGUGGUGACAAGGGGGCGAUUUGGAGGAUAUGUGAAGGCCGACGUGGUGACGAGGGGGCGACGUGGGAGGCCGUGGUGGUGACGAGGGGGCCACAUGUCAACUCUCACAGAAGAUAUUCCCAGCAUGGAAGUUGGGAUGCAGGGCUGCAGACAUGCAGAAGGUUAUCAUUUUGUUUUGGAUAAUAUGGACAGGUAAGGAAGGUGUAGAUGCUGGAGUGCGGAGCACACAAGUGUAAGUUGGGAGUCGAGGGUACAAGUGUAAGUUGGGAGUCGAGGGUGGAAGAUAAUAAUUAUAUAAGUGUGGACUCGAGGUAUAUUUGAAGGCAUGAGGGGGGGUUUGGGAUGCAAGUUUCAAGUCAAAACUGGCGAGGACUCCAGGAGAUACGAGCCGUUUGUAAACAGACGGCAGACAGUCGUUCUCGUGGACGAUGGUUUUGUCUGUGGUAAUGUGAAAGGCCAUCAUGAAAAGAGGGACGUGUGAAGCGAUCGAGUGGUACGAUAAGACCAUCUUUAUGAGAUUCAUGCAGAGUAUAGAGGGGGUGAUGCAAUGUAGGGCUUAUAAGGGGGAGGGGGGGGGCAGGGUGGGAGAGGGGCGCGGGGGGGCCGGUGGGGUGGGAGAGGGGCGGGUGGGCAGUAGAGGGUAUUUUAUCAGUCAAUUUUAGAACAUAUGUUGAUGACGAAUGGAUUAAGACGAAUACACUGCAGCAUGGAGAAAGUCAGGGUGACUGAGAGGGAGGUUUUAUUGGAUAUAAUAAAUAUAAAUAUGAGCACAGUCAUUACCUGUCUUUUGGAGCGUACUCAAUGAGGGACGACAUAAAACUUGUCAUACUUGCCCAAAGGAAAAGA